CACGCAUGCGCAGUGCGUGCUCUUCCCGAACGCUUUUCUCUUCUGCUCGUCCACAGGCGUCUAACGGGCGUCUUUUCGCACGCAUCUAAACAUGCAAGUCAAUUCCCGCUCAAUCUGACCUGCACGACAUCUCGCUGCAAUGCAAUGCAAGUCAAUGCAAUGUCUGCUGCAUGCAUGAGGGCUGCAUAGCUUGAGCUAGUGUUGCCCUGGCUAACCCUAGCUGAUCUGUAGCCAUAGACACCAUUUGAGAAUAUUUCAUUAAUAUUCACUAAAAGGUACCAGUAAUUGUAAUGCAUUUCUCUAAAAAAUGCUCAGUGUUUAAGGUGGUGCUCAGUGCGCUUCUCAUUGUUGCACUGUUGCAGCUUUUAUAUCUGUCUUUCCUUUCAAAACUGCAUGGCAAACAGCAGCGCUACAAGUAUUCAGAGCUGUUCGGAUCCAAAAAAACUGCAAACCAAGAUGAGAAGAACCCCAGGCGGGAACAUCUCCGAUACUCUUUAUCCACAGGCGGCAUCUUCGAUGGCAGCGGACAGUAUCGUGUGUAUAAGAACUUGAUUAAAAGUGACUUCUCCACCAAUCAGAAGCCAGGAGCAGAUCCCAGAUCGCACCAUCUGGCGUUGGCCACGCAUACGACGAUCAACAACCUUCACCAUUUGAGCUCUUUGCUUGAGCGCUGGCAGAAUCCUCUUUCUAUAGCGAUAUUCGCCCACGGACAAGAUGUCAAGUUCGCGACGGCCUUCGCCUACGCCCUCAGCUUGUUUUGCCCUCGAGUUCAAGCGUUGGUUGACUUCCACCUGGUCUGCCUUUCAGGAGAAACGGCCAGUUUUCCAGAGCAGGAUCGAGAGCACUUCGCUGGUCUCGAGGAGAAGGGCUGUUCCGGUGUCUUCGCGAAUCUCGAAUCCCACCGAGACAAGUACAAAAACUACGCCAUUGGAAACAACGUCUCGUACCCGAACAACCUUCUCCGAAACGUGGCCCGCAGCGGCACAGACUCGGCCUACAUCCUGGUCAUCGACGUCGACAUGAUUCCCAGUGCCAAUUUGCACCACCAGUUCGUGACCAUGCUAAUGAAACGUGAACCCGCCGCGGACGAGGUCCUCGUUCUUCCAGCGUUCGAGAUCAGGCACACGCGUAAAAUGCCCGGGUCGAAGCCAGAGCUGGUGCAACUCUACCAGGUCGGAGAGGUGAGGCCGUUCUACGAUGAGCUGUGCCCUCGCUGUCAGGCUCCCACCAACUACUCCCAGUGGGUCAACCGGGCCAGCCGAAGCUCUGGGCCGCUGGAGGUGGCGUACACCUUAAACUGGGCCGAUCCCUGGGAGCCGUUCUACAUCGGCGCUCGAUCGGUUCCUCUCUACGACGAGAGCUUCCGGCAGUACGGCUUCAACCGGAUCAGUCAGGCCUGCGAGCUUCACGUCGCUGGCUACCGGUUCUCCGUCGUGAGCAAUGCGUUUGUGGUGCACAAAGGCUUCAAGGUCCAGGGAGAGUUUCACAGCAGGAAGGACGAGGAGAACCGCAAGAACCGGGUCCUCUUCCGCAGCUUCAAGGAGAGCCUGAAGGACAAGUAUCCCAACUCUCCUCGCCACUGCUGAGGAAAGCUGUCAAUCAAUCCUCAAACACACACACACACCUUCCAGACGCUCAGAGGAAAACACUGACACCAAGGACCUGUUUGAAUUUACUCCCAUUUCAAAACAACAAACUCUACAGUACAAGAGAAUGCACAUCAUUUUAUUUAUAAUGCUUUUAAAGAGAAACUAAAUAAAAAUGUUUUUUUUUUUUUAAAUGUGUGACGCCUUUGGAUUGUGAGCUAAAGCUAUUUAUUGAUUUCGUUUGUCUUGUUCUCUGUAGUUUAAUGUAUUAUUUAACCUGAGAAAUGUUUAUGUAAGUAAAUAAGAGGUUAUGAACGUUGGUCGCACUAAUAAUAGAGAUGUUGUGACUGUACGGGUGCAUGUGUUCGAGUUUCUGACGAGACGGAUUAGUUUAAAGCUAUUAACAUAAUAGGGUUGAUAGGCCACCUUUAUGCUAAUGACGGCUCCAAAGACGCUCUAAGAACCUGAUGAUAAUGCAGCGUCUGAAAAUCAUAUUAGUGGUUUAAUUAUAUCUGACUUGUGGAUUAAGGGUAGAUAACAAAGAAGCAACAUUAGAUUAAUGCAGGAAUUUACAGGUUUUAGUGACUGAAUAAUGGACGAGCAAUACUGUGUGUGUCACUGAUAUUUACAUGAACUGUAAGAGAUUUGAAGUGUUUAACACUGAACGGGCUUAUUGGAAGCUAAAUUGAAAAAAUAUCCCUUUAUUUUUGGUUUUUUUUUUUUGCCUGUAUUUUUUCAAAUGAUAUCGAGUGUAUUUUUACAUCAGUUUACAAUAGAAUUAUUAUUUAUCCAGUUAUUGUCAUACUAGCUCAUUUUGGUUAUUUAACUCUUGUUUUGCCCUGAUAGUGUCAUGUCGUAUUGACAGCAUGAAUGUUGUGACGUUUGAACACUGGAAACCUUAUUGUGAUACUGAAGAGAAAAUGACUGUUUUAUAAAAUUCUGAACAUGUAAUUCUUUGAACAUUGUUUUUGUUAUCGCUGAAUGACAAAUGAGUUCUCCUGUUAUUAUUAUUGAUACUGACUUGUUCGUUUUGUAUCUUGUUACAUAAAUCUACAACAUUUGUGUUGGUGGUGAUCUUUAAGAUGAUCAGGACUAUCAAGGUCAAAGUUUAUUUAUAUAGCACCUUUUUUACAGCAUGAAUGUUGACCAAAAAUACACACAUAGUAAAACAGAACAUGUCAAAAAUUCAAACCAAAAUCCUAAAAAAUUAAAACAGAAAAUGUAUAAUAACUUAUUGACUCUUGUUCGAUCUUAACCCAGAUUAUGUGUUUUGUAUGAUUAAUUCUUUCUAAGUUAAGUUAAAUAUUCAAAUAUCCUGUUUUUUAAACAUAAAAAAGUUUUUGAUGGUGAUGUGAACAUUAAAGGAAUGUUCCAUUUUGCAAACAUUAUGGAAACUUUUUUCAAUGUUCUCUGAACAUUUUGAAUCAAUUACUAACAUGUAAAAAUGCAACAUGCAAGUCCAACUAAAAUGUUUUAGGAUUGUUCCAUAAACUAUUUUUUUUAAUAAUGUUUUGAGAAAAAAUCCUUUGAACAAAAUUCUAUUAACGUUACUGGAUGAACAUUUGUUCAUAACUUUAAGAGAACCUUGCCAGAACGUUCCCUGUUAGCCGACACAUUAAUCUUAAUUCCAGAUGUAAACAGGGCUUUAUGAUUAACAGUUUGGCAGUAAUGUUGAUGUAAUAUCUGGGUGCCAGUGAUGUAGAUCAUGGCCACAAAAAAAGGCUAAAUAAAUACAUUAAUGCAUUAAAAUCCCA